AAUCGUGAGGAAGUGACGUUCUUACAGCGCACCGUCCACGUAGCGUUUUGAGUAUUCGUGUGUCGCGCAGAGAGCGGUGCGUCCCAGACGUCCCAGUGUUCACUAGAAACGACAUCUCGUGCCGUGCGCUCGCUGUGCAACGCGUAACUUUUCCAGCCGCCAUGGAUCAAAUCAAGAAGCUCACUGAACCCGGCCGCCAGUUUGCCAAGGAUAGCAUCCGGCUUGUCAAAAGGUGCACCAAGCCAGAUCGCAAAGAAUUUCAGAAGAUUGCUAUUGCCACUGCGAUUGGUUUCUGUAUAAUGGGCUUCAUAGGAUUCUUUGUUAAGCUAAUCCACAUCCCGAUCAACAAUAUCAUUGUAGGUUCAUAAAAUUACUCCUGGAGAUUCCCAUCGAUAUUGUUAAGAGAGUUAUUGAUAAGGUUCUGUCCAAGACUAUUUCCGUUGUUCCAUGUCCCUUCUCUUAUUUAUACUACGAAAAAAAUGUAUUCAUUAUGUACUGAAUUAAUUUUAUGAGUGAGUUAGGCGAGAGAGACGUGUGCGUAUUGAUGAAUUUUGUAAUAAAAUAGUUAUCUAAAAAGCUA